AUGCCAUCGACCAAUUCCACCGAGCGAGUCCUUCGCGCUGUCUACUCAGCCCCUCAGCCCUCAACACAGGCUUUCGAACACAGACUUUCCGCCCCUCUCGCUUCCUCUGAGACCUCGCCCGAACACACCAAAUUGAAAGUGGCUUAUCUUGCCGAGCUGAGAAGCUUAGUGCCCAAACUACAGAACGAAAUUAAUGUCUUCCUAACAGAGCGGAUGGAAGACGACAAGAAGGCGGCGGAAGCGCAAGGACGCCAACUGUCCGAGAAGGAAGCCAAAGAAGAGGAGAACUAUGGUGAGGAGGUCGUCGAGGAGGAUGCUUGA